AGCUCGCGCGUCGAUAUAUGAUCCAGCGCGUGUGUGAUAUUUGGUUCGCGUAACACGCGUUCCUGUAGCACUUGCACGGCGCCACAGACGAUGUCGCAUCCCAAGGAAGGUUCUUUCGAGUCACUUUCUAAUGCAACCAUAUCGUCGACGACAAACGCCGUAACUGCGAAAGACACUACGGUUUCCAGCAACGAAGAAUACGUGACUGCUCCGGAAAUCCCUGCAACGGCAAGGCCUCGAGGAAUUUCUCGUUGUUCUUCCUCAUCCUCAAAGACUUAUUCGGGGCCGGAAGAUCGUAAGGCGAAGACACAGAUAUCACCGAUGUCACCGACGUCACCGAUGUCACCGGCGUCACCUCUGUUUCACAGAAUGUAUAGUUCACUGGCGGCCACUACAUCGCAGAAACAAAUUUACGAUAGAACCAGCACGACCCACACGACCAACGCAGCGGUUGUGCCUUCUGAUUGGUCCACGUUCUGCAAUUUAUUCAUCUUGUACCUGGCUGUUAUGGUUUCUGGUCUUGCUCUACACGCAUGGUACUCGACAGCAGCGUGGAGCACUGAGACCACCAGCUGCGUCAGCCCGGAAUGCGACGACUUGAGGGAGUACCUUGACACAAUCGGCAACCUGAGCGUCCCUCCGUGCGACAACUUCUACGAGUACGUGUGCGGCCGUGCGACUAGCACACUACGACGCAUGCAAGAAAAAUCCGUGUACCAGGCCAUGAACCGCAUGCUACUAGGAACGCCACGACAUGUGUUCCCUGAAAGGAUUCAGAAACUAGUAGACUACUACCACGCCUGCUAUGGAACCCUUAUGAACCCGAAUCCAGUACGCGAAGACUUCAGGGACUUCAUAGUUUAUCUGGGCAUUUCAACGGAUACUCUGAGAAGCCUAAAUACAACCGCCAUAUUGUACGAACUACUGAAACUCGCCGUCACUCGCAGCGCUGUGCCAGCAAUAUCUGUGUCUAUAGAACACCUUCCAAACAUCACCAUCGGCCACAGCGCGCCACUAGCCACUGUCCUGAAGUCAGCCCUAGAAAGUGGUUCCAUCAUCACGAUGGCGACGGCAGCCAUGGGGACACCCGUGCAUCACAGUGACCUGGUCGAUGCUCUGGCAUUUGACACGUACGAGGACUCCGAGGUACUCAACGUAACUGGAGCAAGCAGUACCUUGGUGAUGAAGACCUCCCAAUUUCUCGGAAGCCAUCCCGCAUUCCUGCAUGUAUUCCUGCAAGUUGUCGGUGCCCGCAUUCGUGAGAGUCUAAUUGAGUGGGUCCACGACUAUGGCAUAGAAAGCCUGCCCUUCCGAAAUGAUUCGUCGGAACGACACCUCGGAACAUCCGACGGUCUUCCUAACGGAAACGCAAGUGAUAUUGAGGACUGGGCAACGUGGGACCCUUAUCUUCUAAUAAAUAACUCAACUAUCGUGAUUCGAAACGUAGCACGCCUGUCGAGUGGCCGUGCGACCGCUCUUGCUCUAUACACUGUGCUGUGCGCAACCACCAGCCUGAUUCAAACGGAAAUGUCAAAGCAAGACGUGUACCAGAAUGACCCAGUGCGGACCUGUCUCGAGGACAUGAGACAUUCGGCGUUCCUGAGUCCUUGGAACGCUCUUGUCUGGAUGUCCGUGCAACCGUGGACGAAAGAGCAGUCCCUCCGUGCGUUAUUUCGUUCCAUGCGAAUUAAUUUUCGCAAGGCCAUGGAGUACGGUGCUUCACCAAGAUUAGACAAGGACGAAAGAGCAUAUAUUAACCAAGCCAUCGAAAGGAUAUCCUUGUCUUUCACUGUGCUCCGGAACGACACGAAGUACGCAGACUUACCCGGCUUCCACCGCUUCCGAUACUAUCGAAACAGAGACAUGCUGCAGACCUUCAUCAGGAAAAAGCAUCCGACGGAAGGAUACAGUGAAGAUAUGGCGUACACUAGAAUGGACUUCAGCGCCUCCACUUACCAGGCACAGGUGUCUCCGGGAGCGUUGGUCCCUCCUCUGUUCUCGACGAGCUACAAUAAUAUCAUUCAAGCUGCGGGGCUCGGGCUCAUCAUAGCGACCAGCCUGGUAUCCCACGUGUUAGGCUUCAAGGCUAGGCCUUCGUCGCUAAGCCAGUUCUCUAAUAUCACCGACUGCUUAGUGAAACAAGCUGGAAUAACGGCCAACGACCCACAACGCAAGCUGCUACUUUACCUCAGUCAAGGGUUACGGAUAGCCACUCUAACACCAGACGCUCGACCACCCAAGGAAGAACGCAUGAGAGAACAUACAGCGAUGCAGGAGGAGAUUCGCUGGCGAGAGGACAGAAGAUUAUUUUAUCGUGUGGCUUGCAGUGUUUUCUGUAAGAGUGUGGAGUUCCCCAUAUCCGCACAGAACGCUUGUCACACAGCCAUUGGGAACUCUGUCGACUUCUAUUGGCUGUUCGGUUGCACCUCUAAUAGCUGGCUAGCGCGUCGAGGCGUGUGCGCGCUCGGUUGAGCGAAGAGCAAUAACACGUCGACGAGCUAUUCUUCAAGUUGUGUGUGCAAUAUUGCCGAAAUGUGUAACAGGGAAAUGUACAAUAACAAAAAGAAAUAUAAUUUUUCUUGUUUGUCUC